AUGAUGAAGGACCUGAUGUCACAGAGGUUUGAUUUUCAGGACCUGUCCACAGUAACUCUGACACAGACAUGCAGCGCGGUAGUGACAAGACCUAUGGCUCAAAAGAUGUCUGAUCCAGGAGCCAACAUAAACUUGAUGCCUUUGGCAAUAUAUACAAAACUGGGCAUUGGUAGAGCUAUACCGACUUCGAUGCUAUUGCAACUGGAUGACCGCACGAUUAAAAGGCCGAUGGGGAUUCUUGAUGAUGUGCUGGUACAAGUGGGAAAGUUUGUAUUCCCUGCAGACUUUGUUAUUCUAGACUGCCAGGUAGAUGAGGAGAUACCCAUCAUUCUGGGGAGGCCAUUCUUAGCCAUUGGGAGAGUGUUGAUUGAUUGUGAAACUGGGGAAUUAAAAAUGAGUUUGAACGAUGAAGAAGUAAUAUUCAACGUUCAACAAUCCAUGAGGAGACCCAGUGAAUAUGCAAAUUGCUCACUAGUGGAAGCUAUGGAUGUGAUCGACCCUGAAUGCCAAAGAUCCAUUGGGAGCUUGCUUGACAAAUUUAGAGAGGAUGGAUGGUGA